CACUUGCUGCGGUUAGUUUCAAUUCAACCCUUUUUUUGCUUGUCCAUAAUUUAUUUUGAUGAGCAACAAAAGAAAGAUUGAAGAAACUUAUAGUGACGAUGAAGAAGACGAUGUCCAAUUAGAUGCUUCAGUACAAUCUAAAUUAUACGUUCCAAAGAAUGCAAAUUUAGAAAUCAAUGCUUUGAAACCACACGUUGAUGGUUUAGAAAAUAAGACAGAUUUUAUUUCACACAUUUUUGGCAAAGAAGAUUAUACAUACCUUCCUUUAAAGAAAGACCAUGAAUCGAGGCCUUUAUGGAUUAGCCCAGAAGAUGGACACAUUAUCCUUGAAGGAUUUUCACCUAUUGCUGAGCAAGCUCAAGAUUUUUUGGUUGCUAUUAGUGAGCCAGUGAGUCGACCAGCUCAUAUUCAUGAAUACAAGUUAACGCCAUACUCACUCUACGCAGCAGUAUCUGUUGGAUUAGAGACAGAGGAUAUAAUUGAAGUAUUAAAUCGUCUAAGUAAAGUACCAGUACCAGAUUCAAUAACACAGUUUAUACGUCAAUGUACAUUAUCUUAUGGCAAAGUAAAACUCGUAUUAAAACACAAUCGAUACUUUGUUGAAUCUUCGCAUCCGGAAACCUUGCAGAUGCUUCUCAAAGAUCCUGUCAUCAGCUCAGGUCGUGUCGUCCGUGAUGAGAACGACCAAGUCAUUAGUGCGCCGCCAGGUUCAGCCGUGCUUUUGGUCAGCUCUAAGCCAACAGGAAAAGAUUUGACUAUUCCAGGAGUUCAGAAACCAAAAGAGGAUGUAAAUGCUGAAAAGCCUAAAGAGUUGACUGCCGAAGAAAUUGAGCGUAGGAAAGAGGAAGAAAAAUAUUUUGGAGCUGUUGUUGGCAUAGACAAAGAGGACGAAGAAGACGAUUUUGGAAGCGAACAGGUUCAUUCUUUUGAAAUUGCUGCAGAACACGUUGAGAAUAUCAAGAAGCGAUGUAAUGAUAUCGACUAUCCAAUGUUGGAAGAAUAUGAUUUUAGAAAUGACACAGUGAAUGCAAAUCUAGAAAUUGAUCUCAAGCCAACAACGACAAUUCGUCCAUAUCAGGAAAAGAGUCUUUCCAAGAUGUUUGGUAAUGGCCGUGCUCGUUCCGGUAUCAUUGUUUUGCCAUGUGGCGCAGGUAAAACACUUGUAGGAAUUACUGCUGCCUGUACGAUCAAGAAGAGUUGUCUCGUCUUGUGUACAUCUUCAGUAUCUGUCAUGCAGUGGAAACAACAGUUUCUGCAAUGGAGCAGUGUUAAAGAAAACCAAGUUGCCGUUUUCACUUCUGACUGCAAAGAAAAGUUUUCUGGCGCUUCUGGUAUUGUAAUAUCAACCUAUUCUAUGGUUGCCAAUAAGCGUAAGAGAUCGUAUGAUGCGCAAAAAAUGAUGGAGUUUUUGGAAUCUCGUGAAUGGGGUUUCUUGCUGCUUGAUGAAGUACACGUUGUUCCUGCAAACAUGUUUCGUACUGUAGUAACCACAAUUGCAGCCCAUGCUAAAUUGGGACUCACUGCUACCUUGGUGCGUGAAGAUGAAAAGAUUGAUGACUUGAACUUCUUAAUCGGUCCUAAGCUUUACGAAGCGAAUUGGAUGGAUUUAGCUAGUCGUGGUCACAUCGCCAAUGUUCAAUGUGCAGAAGUAUGGUGUCCAAUGACUCCUGAGUUCUACAAGGAAUAUUUAUAUGAGAAUUCUCGAAAGCGAACAUUACUUUAUGUGAUGAACCCCAAAAAGUUCCAAGCAUGUCAGUAUUUAAUCAAUUAUCAUGAAAGAAGAGGAGAUAAGAUUAUUGUCUUUUCAGAUAAUGUGUAUGCUCUCAUUGAAUAUGCAAAGAAGUUAGGAAAGCCUUAUAUUUAUGGUGGUACUGGUCAACAAGAACGUAUGCGUAUUUUGCAAAACUUUCAAUAUAACCCUGCUGUCAAUACUAUCUUUUUGUCAAAAGUUGGAGACACAAGUAUCGAUUUACCAGAAGCUACAUGCUUGAUUCAAAUUUCUUCACAUUAUGGUUCUAGACGUCAAGAAGCACAAAGGUUAGGCCGUAUUCUUCGGGCCAAAAGACGUAAUGACGAAGGUUUCAAUGCCUUUUUCUAUUCACUUGUAUCUCGAGACACCCAAGAGAUGUACUACUCAACAAAGCGACAACAAUUCUUAAUUGAUCAAGGUUAUGCGUUCAAGGUUAUUACUAAUCUAGAAGGAAUGGACAGUGAUCCCAAUAUUGUGUUUAGAACUCAUCAAGAGCAAAUGGAUCUCUUGAAGGCUGUCUUGCUUACGAAUGAAACUGACAUGGAAGAAGAAUUGAUAAAUGUCGAUGAUGUUGGAAGAAUUACUGAUAAAAAGGUGGCUGCUAAAAAUCGUUCAACUGGUCUGGUCAAACGACAAGUUACGACGUCCAAGACAUUGGCGGGCGGUGAUAACAUGGCAUACAUUGAGUAUAAUCGUAAUGCAGGAGGUCAGUUUGCUAGUCGUGGUCGUGGUAGUGGAAACGCAUCUACUAGAGAACACCAUCCAUUGUUCAAGAAGCACCUAGGCAGAAAGUAAUGUCAUUCAUAUUUUUUUUAUCUUUAUUUAACACACAUUUAUAUACACAUAUUUUACAUAUAUCAUUUUACAUACAUGAUUCUCACUUUAAAAAUAAAAUCUUUCAAUACCAAGUUAGUACAAGUGUCCCGUUUAGAUAAACCUUGAUAAAUUCACCAAAGCUGAGUUUGUCAUUGAUUUUGGCUAAAAAAAUAAAAAGGGAGCUGUUUAUCGCAUAUUUAUAUUCACUAAAUCUUUGGUAGACAUUAACCAGCG